CGAGCAGUCCGUGGACUACAAGUAGUUACUGACAUUAUUCCCUUCUGCCUUAGGACUAGGUACUUAGAACUAACAAAGCAAUUGGCAUGAACUUAUCUCAUUACGGACCCGGGAGUACAUACUUACACUGUACAGUGGUUGAUUAGUGACUAGCAUUUACACGCACGUCUGCUUCUUCACCGCCGCGUCUCCUCCGUACUCUCCCCUAGUCCUAUACUUCGAUUUCUCCCCCCUUUCGUCAUCGAUCAGACAUUCGAUCAUCAUUCAAUCAACCUACGAAUACUUAACGUUUCAUAUUCAAGGGGACGUCCAAAGUCACAAGCCAUGGCUUGCUAGGUGUCACGUUCGUCACACGCGCACCUCCACCCGCCCCUCCCAAUCCCUCCCCCGGAUCCCGGCCAUGUCUCCCUCCGCCUCGAACAGGAAUAGUAGCAGUAGCAGUAGCAGUCAUAGUCAUCCUCACAGUCAUGGUAUCGACAAGCUCGACUACCAUCCAGCCAACUCACAGCGCAAACCACUCCUUCGUCCAGACGCAGAUAGUACUUCGAGUCGACAUUCCCGCGACACUAGCUACGCCGGUAGUUUCUUCGAGCACGUCGCAGAAGGCAUAAUGGAGCGCGAUCGUCAGCGUCUCCAACGCGAAGCCGUCCGAUGGCUGAGCUUCAUCUGGGCCAUCGUGAACUGUCUCUGCGCCGGCAGCAUCACAGCAUACUCUCUUUAUGGACAUCUCUUCCAAUCGAAACUACAUUACACCCAAGUCCAGGUCAACAUCGUUUCCAUCGUCGCCGAGCUCGGCAUGUAUCUGCCUGUUCCCGCCUUCGGCUACCUAUGCGAUCGCCUGGGGCCUGGAGUACCUUCGUUAUUGUCUGGGGUUAUGUUCGGCUUGGGAUACCUGCUGGCAGCUUUUGCAUACAAGAGCGGGCCACCGCCAUCUGCUGAUGGCCAUGGAUGGCCUUUCGGCGUCAUGGUUUUGGCAUUCGUUGCGGUGGGGAUGGGCACAAGUUGCAUGUACCUAUCGGCUGUUACUACAUGCGCAAAGAACUUUGGUCGGGGGAACGCGAAAGGUAUUGCUCUUGCGGUGCCUAUCGCUGCCUUUGGCCUUAGUGGCAUGUGGCAGAGUCAAGUGGGUAGCAGGCUACUAUACGUGAAGAAUCCGGAUGGGAGCAAAGGUGACGUCGACGUCUUCCGCUUCUUCCUCUUCUUGGGAAUUACCCUCCUUUGCGUUGGCGUUAUCGGAACCUUUACGCUACAGAUUGUGAACGAGGAAGAAAUGAUCGAUGAGGCCAUCGAUGAGCUCGAGCGCUCUGGCUUGCUCGCGCAAGAUGAGUUUUUCACUCGGGCUGCUGACAUUCACGGCUACGGCACGAUGAGUACCGGCGAUCUCUCUGAUUCCACUUUCGACUUCUUGCAGUCUGAAGCUGAGCGACUGAAAGCUCAUGCAGAGGAGGAAAAGAGGAAGAAGACUUGGCUUCUGAAUGAAGAAACCCGGCGCUAUGUCAUGGAUCCCACCAUGUGGUGGUUGGCUGGAGGCUUUUUCCUCGUCACCGGCCCUGGGGAAGCGUUCAUCAACAACCUUGGUACCAUAAUUGGCACACUCAGUCCUCCACAUGUUUCCGCAUCGACUUCGCCGGCAACCCACGUUUCCAUCGUCGCGAUCACAUCCACUCUAGCUCGUCUCAUCACCGGUACGCUCUCGGACAUCCUCGCCCCUGUAGCAGCGACACACCAGCACCACCGUGGCCCUGACUCCAUGGCCAAUUCACUUGCAUCCAUUCAGUCUGUAGACCACUCAAGAAGAUUCACCGUGUCUCGUAUUUCCUUCCUUCUGCUGUUCGCUUUCAUUCUAUCUCUCGGGCAGCUUCUCCUGGCGUCUGGUUGGGUACAGAAUCACGCCUCCCGAUUCGCCGCCGUGUCUGCUUUAAUCGGUGCAGGCUAUGGUGCAGUCUUCUCUCUCACCCCUAUCGUCGUGAGCGUCGUGUGGGGUGUUGAGAACUUUGGCACCAAUUGGGGAAUCCUUGCCAUGACUCCCGCAGCCGGAGCGACCCUAUGGGGCGCCAUCUACGCAUUCGUAUAUCAGAAAGCAGCAGAAACCGGCGAGCCAGGCAUUGAGCGUGACCCUAAUGAUGUUCUAUGCUAUGGAAAGAGCUGCUAUGCGCCCACAUUCUGGGCCAUGGCAAUCUCCGUUUGGGUCGCGUGCGGUCUAUGGUUGUUCGCUUGGAGAGGCCCGGGUGGAUGGAAGAAGCGAGGAGUAGCUGUAUGAAGUGUUUCUCUGGCACAGCUUUGUAUAGAAGGAGGUUGUAACAAUUGACGAUCAAUGGGUUUCACGGCAGCAUGGCAUUAUUUCUAUCCUCAUUUUUCACUUAUCAUCAUCAUCACAAGUUGUAGGGAUUGGGUUUCGUAUACCCCUAAGCAGAUAUCACGGCGUUUUCCUUUGGAGGGCAGGAUUGCAUUGGCAUUGGCAUUUUCGCGAUAGUCACAUUCGUUUGGUUACGACCAUAUUUUCUUGCUUGUCAAAUCUCUAUUUUUCCUUUUGCACGUAAAGCAUAAUGGACCUUGGUCCCCUGUUUGAUACCACCAUAUUUUGUUAUCCUUCUGUCCAUUGCAGUCUGUGAUAU